ACUCGCGGUGGUGCUGAAAACCAGGCUCCGCUCAAAACGAGGAAGCGCAUGUGUAUAUCUCGUGUCAGGUCGAACAUAUUUGAAUGCACGUUCACCGCAUGCAUGUAGAUGCAAACAAGCAUGCAUCAGUCUGCAAUCGCAGCUUAAUUAACACACCGUGCGAGCAGCGUGUUUGAUGCCGGAGUGGGAUGGCUGUAUCCAAUCUCCCUCCAAUGGAGAAUGCAAAGUUUUACCACAUGAUCAGGAACAAAAAAAAAACCCACAGCGGUGGUUUAGUCCGGCGUCCACAUGCAUGACAACAGACUGUCCUGGUCAAGCUGCGUACUCGCACCGUGCACUUUGUCAAAACUCGCUUGUCUGCUGUCGUGACACGUUCUCUCUUCAGCACCCGAGACUAAACACUCAGCUGUCCGGGAUUCUUGGGGGGAACAAGCGCCACAUUUAGGAGGAAACGCUGAGCUGUAGCUGCUGAUUUGGGUUGCAGAUUUACGCGUUUUUUUCCAGUGUUUUCCGUUGUGUUCAGGUUGAGUUUGAACCAUUGACCUUGGUGUCCUUCACUUGGCGCAUUGAAGAAAGAUCUGGACAAAGGACUUCUUCUUCUGUCACAAUUGAAUGUAACAUUGCUCGGACAAGGAAGGCAGGGAAUUACAAGCCAUCAUCAUGAAUUUCGUUAUGAAACAAGCGUUGGGAGGAGCCACCAAAGACAUGGGCAAGAUGCUCGGUGGGGAGGGGGAGGAGAAGGAUCCUGAUGCUGCGAAGAAAGAGGAAGAAAGGCAAGAGGCGCUGAGGCAACAGGAGGACGAGAGGAAGGCCAAAUAUGCAAAAAUGGAGGGAGAGAGAGAAAACAUCCGACAGGGCAUCAGAGAUAAGUAUGGCAUCAAGAAGAAGGAGGAGAAGGAAGCCGAGGCAGCGGCCGCUAUGGAGCAGGCCUCCGAGGGCAGCCUCACUCGCGCCAAGAAGGCCGUGCCCACCGGCUGCGGCGACGAGGAGGAAGAGGAGAGCAUCGUGGAUACGGUCAUGAAAUUCAUCCCGACCCCGCUCAUGGAUAUGUUCAAUAAAAAGUAAAAAGCGUUUUGGGUGAAAAUACGAUCAACUCCCUAAAGCGUUCAUCUAACCGAGACCACCGCCGUAACCACGCUCCCCUCCGCCCAAACCUGCAGUCACACUUCUCUCCACCCUCCAACCUCUUCAACCCAACGCCUGAGUGUCCUGGAAUGGAGCAACGUGGCAUGAUUUUACCCUUGAUUUAGAAUAGCCGGUCUCUGAUGGUAAUACAUACUUAAUCUCUCAUAAAGAGCAUUUUUCUUGAUAACUCGGAGUAUGUAACACCUACACGGACCUUUUAAUUCAAGGGCAAUCUUAUGCCAUGUUAAUGUCAGGCACUCAGAAUAAAAUCCGAUAUCACCCAUCAGCCACCCUUUUUGUUUGUAAAUAGCCUCGGGUUAUAAAGAAAAGUAUAUAUAAGUGAAAUAUGACAUAUAACAAGAUGACUAAGAGUAUAAGCCAUAUUUUUAACUUUUAAGAAAUUAUCCAAAUCAUUUUAGAAUUUGAUUGAAUUUUCCUGUUUCUGUUCUUGCUGAUAUUUGAUACAUACAGUGUAUAUAGAUACUUGCAUUUCUAUUGGUUCUCCGUUGUGAGGAUUCACCCCAUAAACUGUCUCUCAUGAUCUUAAUUGGUUUAUCGUGAAUGUGUACUGUGAGCACUGGUGCGGACGAAACAACACCUGUAAAACCAGAAAGUGAAGGAAUUUAUUUGAAUUUGUUGUUGUUUCUUUCAGCAUGCAGUAAACCUUUGUGAAGUGAAGUACACAUUUGGAUAACAUUUCAUUUGUUAUGAUGAAGCGGAAUUCAUUAAUAUUUGAGGCAAUAACUGGUUUGACAUUGUUAUUUAAUUGACAUCUUGUCCACCAUGUAACGUAGGCGACAACUGAAUUUUUUGUGUCUAAAAUGUUCUUCCGUGGGGGAAAACUGUAAAUGGUCUCCGUCCAUGAUGUUUGUCUCAGAGCAGUUAGACUCCGUUUGUAUGUCCUGUGGCAGGCGUCACUCACUCUGCUUCUGCAGGAGGACGUGUUCAUUUUAGAUCAGGCUCGUUAAUCUAAUUUUGUUGACAUUUCAUCCAUUUUUUGGUAAAAAAAACCCUUCACAAACACAACAAUGUUGUGAACACACUAUACGUGAACAGACAGUGACAAUAGUGCAAUAUAUUGUUGACGUGAAGUUGCCCUGUGUCCGUUGCUUAGACUGAUGGGAGUGAUCCCAAAUCAGCAAUAACAGACGAUCUUCACUGUUGUGUGUUUAAACUCCUUGAUGUGUUAGUCGACGUUUAAAAAGGGCACAGACGUGUCUGCAGAAUGACGGCGAGGCCUUUGUGGGUCAGACGUCAUUUGAUUAAAGAAGUAGAACGGGAGGAAGCGUGUUUCGUGGCGUAAAAUAAAUGUUCAGUCACUUGUUACAGAAUGACGAGCACAGCGAUUCGUGUUCGAAAUAACAACCCAAAAGUCCGACCAACCUGUUUCCAACUGCAGACAUUAACAAUAGAUGAAGAGACAUUAGAUGGAAUAACGAGGGGCUUUCUAAAGAGCCCUUGCAUGAGAGUUUCUUGACCGUACGACAAAAUGUUUACCUUCUCUGUAGUUUGUCCAUAAAUGUAACGACACUAAUCUAAAAGGGGGUCUUAUGAGGACGAAAUGAAAUGUUUCUCCAUAUGCCUUGUUUUCUAUUCAUAUACGUCUCCUUCAUUCCACAGUGUCUUGUUAAACAUUCCAGAUAUUUCAGACAUUCCACCAGACUUGUGCUGGUAAAACACACACACGUGGAUAUUUACAGUUUAGAGUACGCCUUAGCCUUCAAGUACUUCGUGAAGAAACUUAAAUUCGAUGUUCUUAUAACCUGAAAAUAGACUCUAGAAUGAAUCGAAUAUAAAGAUUCAUGACUUGACUUGAGAGUUAUUUUAGCUGCCAAAAAAAAGAAAAUCCCACACGAAGUUUACGGGAAAGCAUAAAUGUGCUAUUAGCAGAGAUCAAUUGUGAUACAAUUUUGUUAGGAAAUGUUUUUGUGAUUCACGUGAGCACAGUAGCCGUAGGCGUAAUUAAGGUUUUCUAAACCACAUUGCCACUGUUUUUAAUAAGCUAGCUGAACAUGAAAUAACACAAAUUCUGAACGUGUGCGUUCCUGUGGCAUAGACGAGGGAAAUUUAGCUUUUAUCAACGCUUUGUGAGCUUUGUUAUCAUGUUGAAUAUAUUAAAAAAAAAGACAUCCAAGGGUCACCUGUAGAGCACAUUUAUCAAACUUCUUGUGAUUUGAUUGUCCUCCUUCAGUGUGUUAGCAGGUAGUUGGCAACUGAUUGUUCUUUGCAGUUAUGGAACCAAGCAUCAACAACACUCAAACCCAUUAUCAGAGCGGUUAUCCGAUCAAACCAAAGAAUAGUGCUGGUAGUAGUAGUAGGUUUCACUCUAUUUAUUUACUGCAUCUUAUUUAUUUUGAAAUUCUCAGGUAUUUUAGCUGCAAAUAGAAGUUCAAACCGUAACUAGCCUUCUCUUAGCAUAAUUAGCCUUGAACUCAAAUUGAACAAUUUCAUUGCCGGGGGCCUAGCAAGCCUGUACGUCGACUCUUUUUUUAUGAACAACAUCUCUCUUGUUUGGCCCAAGAAAAUUCCAGAAAGCUACAAUUACUGCCCAGUGAACCCAAGUAGAGGACUUUCACAGCGACAAAUGCUAGCAAACAUCAUCAGUGUGUGCUGUUCUUCAGGCUACCAGCCCUGAAAUCAGACCACCCUUUGCAUCUCCUCCACCAAACGCCAUCAUAAACCCAUCUAUCGUCACCUUGUGGAUGCCACUUGAUUGCGCUCUAAAUGGCUUGUAGACCCACUGCCCGAAACAACUGCCCAAGUCAUGCGUAAUCAAUAUUUAGCGGUCCAGUAGGCUCCAUGUCAGAAAUCCAUUUCAGCACUCAUUUGUGACGCUCAUGCAGCCAUUAAAAUGAUUAAAAAACUGCCUGAAAAAUAUGACUCUUCAAAAAGAAAAACAGUCCUUUGAUGUGACCUGAAUGUAAACUGUCUGAUGUUUCUCUCUCCUCACAUCUGUCUUUCUCUGUUCUGUACGCGUUGAGAAGAUGCUUACUUUCUCGUCUGUAGCCGGUCCUGUUUCUGUCCUCUGGUGGUUGGUAUUUUGAAAAAAAAAAAAGAUAUAUAUAUUUGGUGCAUUCUUUUGUACUGUGAAAUCUUCUCACCCCUUCUCUCUCUCUUUCCCCCUAUUUGUUGACAAAAGUGUAUGCAUGCUUAUGGUGUGCGAUGUAGGCAAGGUUGUUGAUACUCGUUCUGUCUUCUCUGUGUUUCGAAGCUCCACCUGUUAGCCUCACUGCAUGCCAUGUUAGACAGAUAUUUCAGUCUGUAACUUUCCUGCAAAAAUGGAAUCACCGCACACUCUGAGAAUAAAAGUGAUUUCAUAUAAUU